AUGUGGCUGCAUGGGAGUCUGGGUUGGCUCCUUGUCCUAGCUUGGUAUGUUUGCGCAGCACCGGAGCCAGAACAUGUUGCAGCGAGUUUCGCAGGAAAAACAGAGCCAGAACCUCCUGUAGCAGAUCAUGACGAAGAAAGUGCCGGCGUUGGUGCUUGUAGCCAGUGUCCCGUUCGGUUGCUGGAGGUGGUGAAUGAAGAGGCUCCUGAUGCGGCUCAGCUCCAAUUGAAUGAUGCAGGUCUCCGAUAUUUGGAGUCCCAGCGCUCACCGCUGUUCCUGAUCCCAGCCUUGGGCGUCUACCGUGGGGGCAAGUCUCUGUUGCUGAAUCGUCUCAUGCAGCGGCAAGCGCCUUAUGCCCAGAGCUUUGGGAUUGGCCAUGGACAAGAAACCUUCACCAGAGGAAUUGAGAUCUGUGCUGAAGCCCUGCCAAAUCACGGGGGCACAGUGGUUUGGAUGGACACUGAGGGGCUAUUCUCCUCUGAGGAUGCGCGAAGUGCCUAUGGGCCAAAGAUUUUUAGCCUCGCCCUUCUCUUUUCCUCUGUAGUACUUCUAAACAAUCUCAAGGUCCUGAACCAGCAGUUCUUCGUAUUCUUUGAAGAGCAGCAGCAGGUGGCCCGAAUCCUACGCGAGGGCCUGCGUUCUGAAGGCAUGCGAAGUGACCUGCUACUUCCAGAGAACCUGCCGAUCGUCUGGGUCUUGCAGCAGCCCAUCAACUUUGCAGCCUCUGCCGAGGCCAGUCGACAUCAGUUGGAUUCUUUUCUGACCAUUCAAGACAAAGCUCGCGAAAGAAUCAAAGAUUCCUUCAAGCACCUCAUCCAUGAGGUGCCCACUGCCACGCAUGAUGCAAGGCAGUGGUCCAAGUUGGAUCAGGUUUCAGACAACCAGUUGCUGCUAGAGUACGUCUCAGCCACAAAAGACUUGCGAUACAUACUGCUCACACAGUUGCAGACGGCCAGACCACUGCAAGCUCCCAGUGUGGCGGCACAGCUGAGGAUGUAUGUGGACCUGGUGCAAAAGGACCACUUCAGCAUUUCCUUAGCAAAAGAAGCCUUUGAGGACUCCCAUGUGGCACAGCUCUGUGAGAGCUUUGGACAGAAUGCGCAGGACUUGGCUUCUGGCUUGCCCGCUGUCAACCUCUCCUUGGCCAUGAACAUGUCGGAGCAGUUGAUCCAAGAGCAGCGUGACAUGAUCAUCAGAGAUUUUCACCUCGGUGAUGCUUUCCUACGCCGCUUGCAGCAAUGUUUAGACAGGAAGCGGCUGGAGUUGGAAGACAUGAAUGGGGAACUGGUCUUAGAAGAAUGGCAAAAGGAUGUUCACAAGGUCGCGGAGUCCGGACGCUGCUUCAUCCUCUCAAAGCUUGCUUUGGAGCUCCCACGGUACAGAAGCAAGUACGGCCCUGUUUUCAGCAAACCACUGGAGGCGAAGGCGAGGGACUUUGCCUUACAAGUGCAACGUUCACGUGUGGCGGGAUGUGUCCUUUUGCGACACUUUGCUGUGCCUGUUGCACCAUGGUUUGCCUGGCCAAUCAUGGCUCUUUAUAUCCGUCAGGGCGUUCUUUCGGGCAUUUUGACCAUGGGCGUCCAUGGGGUAGUUCUGGCAGGAAUUUACUCAAUCCUGCAGUUCAUGGGUCGUCUGCCUUUCUACGUAGAUUUGGACUACCAAGUCUUGAGGCAGCAUCCAGGCCUCUUGGAGUGGGUGAUGAGAUACCCACAGAUCCCCUGGGACUUACUGUCCCAGAUCUGUGGGAUUCUGGGUUGGAUCCGGGUGGCUUGGAUUCUGGGAUCGCAGAUGUUCAGACCAGUGGAGACCAGAACCAUUGGACAGCUCUCCAAUCUGGAGCUCAAGGUGAACACCCUAUUGGAGCGUACAGAGGCUGAUGUCAAGGAGAAGAUUGUCACUUCUGCGCUGGAGGCAGCGCUAAGCAUCGACAGCAACGAUCCAGCAGCAGCUGCAUUGUCUUUGGUCAAGGGCCUUAUGGUUGUCAGCCAGGUGGGCAGUUCGGAUACGCACUUCGCCUACCUCUUUGAGGCUGAGCAUCGAAGCCUUGCACGUGCCACAGUGAAGAGCUUUCACUUUCCGGACAAAGACUCCCAGUCUCGGUGCGCGGCAUCCUGUAAGAAGGAUUCGAGUAAACUGCUGCGCCUUGCAAUCAGCAAUGAAUGGGAUGAGCUGAUUCCAGCCAUGGUGGUGACCUUGGAGAAACUCAGUGGACGAAAGGAUGUGAAGGAUGGUGUGACGAGCUCCAAACCUUCCAGAAGGCUCUUUCAGGAUGUGGAGGAUGAUGAGGUUGAAGAGGCUCAGGAGCAGAGCUGCUGUGGGUGCUUCUGCAGGUUCUGCAUCGUCCUGCUUUUGGUGCUUGCAGGUUUCGUAGGUGCGGCAUGGCUGCUGGAGUUCUCCAGUCGAGCUGGAUUACUUCCAACGGCAGAGUCGACAUUGCCCAAUUCAAAGGUCUCUGAGCAGAAAGGCUCCCUAGAUGACUUUGAAUUGCUCAGCAAGGUCAACUUCACCGCGACCACAGCACACGCCCCACCCGAAGUGGUCAUCACAUUGGAGGUGAUCCUCUACGACCUGGGGGAGGAGUCUGAGUACCCAAAUCGUGUGGAUGUGUAUGCUCCAUCAGGCUACAAAUUCCUACUGAGCUGCUUUGCGCCGGGAGAGCGAGAGCGCCUGAAGAACAACCUGGUGUCUUGCCGGGAACGAUGGACGCUCUUCAAUGGGAACUACUUGAGCGGUGCCAUUCUGAUGGCCGCCGACAAUGGAGUGCUUCCACGGGACAUGCCACUGACGAUUAAGCUCCUGUGCAGUACACCGCCGCUCACACCAGAAAGGAAUUACUUCUUUGUGGUGACGAAGCAGCGGGAAGGGGAUGCUGGCUGGGGCAUGACCACCAAGAGCUUUGACAUCACUCCAAUGCCAGUAACCAUCCGCUACACCGGUGUGGCUGGCGCUGAGGUGCCAAUGUUCAUGGCCUUGCAGAUUCGAUUUCCUCUGCCAUGGGGUGGAAAGGUGCACAUCACUGCGCCACUGGAGUACCAAAUCCUUUGCCCCAUUUCCAAGGUUUUGCUUGCGCCGGACAACUUCCGGUUGCCCAACUGCACCCACGAGGAUCCUAUCCUCAAUGGAUGCUUUGGGCUUCCCCUGGUCGGAGAUCCAAAUGCCGUUCUUGAUCCCUUGCUGCCGAUUUGCGAUCCUUGGCAUGAAGUCUUGCUGGACUUCGAGCUGCCUUGGUGGAGCCAGCUGGAUCCAGAGGAAAAUGAAAAUUUGCCGCCGAUCCCCACGGUGGCUUUGCAGGCGAAUACGGAGCUGCUGUGGUCAAUCACAGUGAAGGUGCCAUUUAACACUCCGAAGAUACGGAGCAGCAAUGUAUUCCGGGUACGCGUGAUGGAUGCCAACAAAGUCGCGACUGAUGGGAACUUAUGGCUUCCUGGGGAAGAGGUUCGCACAAUCCCACGUGUCCAAGACUUCAAGAUUUGGUUCACAACGCCGGUGCCUGCCUCGAUGAUGUCAGUGGCGAUUCAUUUCUCUUUCAACCAGACUCUGCCGCGUGGCGAAGAGGGCAGCACGCCCUUGCGAGUCAUUGAAAUCAUGGCGCCGGAAGGGAUCGAGCUGAAAGUCCGUCGACCCAAAGAUGUGCAAAGACUGAAGAGAGAUGACUAUGUGCCCGUGACGGAAUGGAACUGGACAGACAUUUUGCCUCGCCAGCUUUGGUUUGGCCUUGAUAUGACCAAGAAUGUGACGGGCACCUUCCACUACUCUUUCCCGGCCUUGACGCCAUCGGAAGAGCAAGGCAUGCCCUACGACAACCUUUGGCAGGUGAAACUUUGUUCAGAUUCACCCAUGUGCUCGAGCCAACUGCUGUCCAUUCCCAUCCCUGGCUUCUUCUUUGGCGAGGAACCUGCAGAAGAUCUUUCGGAGGAAGCACAGGAAAUGUUGACUGGUGGCUGGGCAAUUCGCUCGACUCUGCCGUUCUGGCUGUUGCACUGCCUAUGUUGGGUUGUGGCAAUCAAUGCCGUGGACAGCUGA